AUGGCAACUGAGAUACAACCAGAGGGGCGGCCGCCGCGCCACCAGCCGAGGGGCGGCCGCCGCGCCACCAGCCGAGGGGCGGCCGCCGCGCCACCAGCCGAGGGGCGGCCGCCGCGCCACCAGCCGAGGGGCGGCCGCCGCGCCACCAGCCGAGGGGCGGCCGCCGCGCCACCAGCCGAGGGGCGGCCGCCGCGCCACCAGCCGAGGGGCGGCCGCCGCGCCACCAGCCGAGGGGCGGCCGCCGCGCCACCAGCCGAGGGGCGGCCGCCGCGCCACCAGCCGAGGGGCGGCCGCCGCGCCACCAGCCGAGGGGCGGCCGCCGCGCCACCAGCCGAGGGGCGGCCGCCGCGCCACCAGCCGAGGGGCGGCCGCCGCGCCACCAGCCGAGGGGCGGCCGCCGCGCCACCAGCCGAGGGGCGGCCGCCGCGCCACCAGCCGAGGGGCGGCCGCCGCGCCACCAGCCGAGGGGCGGCCGCCGCGCCACCAGCCGAGGGGCGGCCGCCGCGCCACCAGCCGAGGGGCGGCCGCCGCGCCACCAGCCGAGGGGCGGCCGCCGCGCCACCAGCCGAGGGGCGGCCGCCGCGCCACCAGCCGAGGGGCGGCCGCCGCGCCACCAGCCGAGGGGCGGCCGCCGCGCCACCAGCCGAGGGGCGGCCGCCGCGCCACCAGCCGAGGGGCGGCCGCCGCGCCACCAGCCGAGGGGCGGCCGCCGCGCCACCAGCCGAGGGGCGGCCGCCGCGCCACCAGCCGAGGGGCGGCCGCCGCGCCACCAGCCGAGGGGCGGCCGCCGCGCCACCAGCCGAGGGGCGGCCGCCGCGCCACCAGCCGAGGGGCGGCCGCCGCGCCACCAGCCGAGGGGCGGCCGCCGCGCCACCAGCCGAGGGGCGGCCGCCGCGCCACCAGCCGAGGGGCGGCCGCCGCGCCACCAGCCGAGGGGCGGCCGCCGCGCCACCAGCCGAGGGGCGGCCGCCGCGCCACCAGCCGAGGGGCGGCCGCCGCGCCACCAGCCGAGGGGCGGCCGCCGCGCCACCAGCCGAGGGGCGGCCGCCGCGCCACCAGCCGAGGGGCGGCCGCCGCGCCACCAGCCGAGGGGCGGCCGCCGCGCCACCAGCCGAGGGGCGGCCGCCGCGCCACCAGCCGAGGGGUUUACAUAUCGGCUGCAUACAGUAG